AUGGUGCUCGCGCAUGCCACGGGCUCCGUCCGUGGUGGAGCAGCUAGAUCCCGCCUCGUUUCCGUCCCCUCUCGCCUCUCACCACCCAGCUCCACCCGCUCCGCUAUAAACACCACUCGUCGCGCCGCGUCUCGUGCUUGUAGCGGAGCAGCAGCGCCGCGUCCUAUAGGGGGGAUGCCGCCGCUCCGGCCGUUCGCAGCAGCGGCGGCUGUUUCUUCAUCGUCGACACUAGCAGGAGUUGCUGAGGCAGGGUCGCGCAGCGGCGCGUGUAAGCAGCAGGUGGCGGAGGGAUCGGACUCGUCGGCUUCUGCUCCCGUUGCACAUGUUUCUGAACAGCCGUCAGGGCAGCUGGACGAGACACGAAGGGUAUUGGAGGAGGCUGAGCGGAGCAGGGCAGCAGAAUUGGCACAAGUGAAAGGGGAGAUUCUAUCAUUGCGGGGAGAGCUGGUGGCAGUAAGGGGGGAGUUCCUUACAGCAAGGGGUGAGCUGGCGACUGUGAAAGGGGAAUUGGACGCGCUGAAAACGUUCCUGUUAGAAACGAGGAAGGAUUUGGCUGAACAGAAGGUGUACUUGCAGAAAGCGGAAAAGGAAAAGUUGGCUUCGGAGGAGGAGGAGGUGAAGGAGCUGGGGAAAGAUGUGAGCUGGGAUGAUGCGGUAGUCGUGCAGUCCUCAGCAGCACCGAAGCAUGUGGAGUUUGAUGUUGAAGAGGAGCUCAGGAUGCGAGAAGGCGUUCAUAAAACAGUUUGGCAG